GUUGUCACGUGACUGCGAUUGCGAAAUUCCUGUAACAAACAAAACAAAAAUGACAGCUGACCAGCAGACGUGUUAACGUCUUAUUUUGAUCACGUGAGCAACACAACCGAAAACAUAGAGCGGCUGGUAAAUAAAUGACUUAAUAACGAACUGAAAGCUUUGGCGUUAGCCGAGUUGAGCCUUUGCAACGCGUCUUCAGUUGUGUACGUUAGCGACGUGGAGUUUAAUCAGCAGGGACUGGUUUCGUUUUUACGAACAUGUUUUCUCUAGAUAUUGUGUCUACGCUAACAUACAUGCUAGCCGUUGCCUUGCUAUCCUCCGACAGGGACGUUUCUCCACGCAGUUCUUUGUUUACAGCCCGUGGCAAGUGUUUAUCUCGUCAACACAGCCAGCCACUCGCUGCUUAUCACACGAUAGACCUCGCUUUCUAAUCCAGCUACCGCUUGCUGUUUGUGUGCGUCUAGUUUACACGUGAGGACUGUUUGAUGUCAGUCGAUCCGCAUCGUUUCCAUCCGGAGACAUCUCAGUCAGCUGCAUGUCGAGGGUCUCGGUAGGUGGAACAAGUUGAAGAGAGCAGACAUUAAAGAUGGAGGCUGCGAGACCAAAGAAGACCAAAGCAAAAACCAGCGGAAAAUCUCAGCUGGUUAGGAAGCCGAAGCAGGCAGAGGAAGACAAAAGAGCCACAGCUCCCUCCGCUGUGUCUGAUGAGGCCUCCACCUCUGGCUUCACCGACAUCCCCCUUAGUCUGCCAUAUCAUGAGCAUCCCUCUGAGACCACAACACAGCCUUCAGUUCUUCCCUGUGAGACACAGCAGACUUCCUCAUCACAUACUUUAUCCACGUCAGUGUUAACUGAGACUUUACUGUCACCUCAGACAUCACAGGAUACAGUGCCUCUAUCAGAGUCAAAAGACGAGGAAGAGGAGGACGGAGAGGUGGCAGCUCAUGGGGCUGAGCUUAAAGUUACAGCACAGACCACUGAGUUUGAAAAAGAUACACAGUCUUGGAAUCAGCUGUGGGUUUCAACUCAGUUUCAGAUCUCAAAUUCCCCAAGUGCCCCUGCACUGUACCCCUCUCUCCCAACACUGGAGGAGGGCUCUGUGAUACAGCUCUGCGAGGAAGCUGUGAAAAAUAGGGGAAAGGGACCUGCAGUGUUGGCGCUUCCUGAGCAGGAAUCUUCCCCCCCAAGUUUGCAACCUGUGGAUUCUGUAGCAGAACUUUCUAGAAGCAAACUCUACCCAGAAUUACCCAAGACGGCUCCAGAAAUUCAGCCGUUCUCGCUGGAGGAGCUGAGUGCUUUGGAGCCCGGUGGAGGUUUGCGAGCUUUGUUAGAGGGUGUUGAAGUGUGUGCUGCCCAGUUCUGUGCUCUAGCCCGACAGGAGAACCACGAACUGACCGAACUUCUGCAGAAUUACUGGCGCUGUCGUCGACAGCUGACCCAAUCUCACACACUGCUACAUACACAGUCCUCCGACUGCAAGAGCACACAGAAUCGACUCUGGAGCUUCAGAGAUGAACAGCUUACUCUUCAGGGUGUGUGUGCAGAUCAGUCUAAGGUCUGUCGGUACCACCGCUUCCAGCAGGCAGAGUUCAGUCAGAGUGUGCUGGCGGAGCUGAGGAGACUGUUUGAAGCUCGCAGUGAACUGCUCCAUCAGAAGGUGGCGCUGCAUGCGUACACUGCUCUGCUGUCACGCCUCCAGGUGGAAUCAUACUUGUAUCGUCUACUGAAAGCAGAUUGUUCUAGCAGCGCCUUGAAAGAGGCCAUCAGUGUCCUGUUUAGCUUCACACGUAGAGUCCUGGAUGACACACAGUUCCAGACAGACAUCCAUCACUGGCUGGAGAGAUUGGUGGCAGUCCUGCUGCAUGUGGGAGGGUCAGGAGAGCACCUGUACCUGCUGUGUCAUCUUCUAUGCUGUCCUGCUGGGGUUGGAAAGUGGGCUGCAUCCUUCCUUCAGAUUCAGGUUUGGGGGAACACCUGUGGAGUGCUGCCCUUUAUGCAAGCUCUGGCCGUCUUAAUGUCGCCUUCAGGACACCGUGCAGAGUUUCUGGGUCAUCUGAAGCCAUGUGAGAGCCAGAGCUCAGCAGCUUCCGGACCUGAGUCUGGGAACUGGACACUAGUUGAUGAAGCGGGAGAGGAGGAUGAGGACCCAGAUAGCAGCUGGUUGCUGCUCUGUGAGGAGGAUCUGAUCUCCCUGCUGACCCAGUUUCCCUUCCAGCAGCUCUAUGCACACAUGCUGGGGAUGAGCAAGCAGGGUGUGUAUCAACCCAAGGCCUGUUCCAGUCAGAAGAUGAUGCGUGUUUUUGCUUUUGCCUCCUCACUCAUUGAGAUUCUGUCUCUUGGUCUUCAAACCUACAACAGAGCACGAUACAGACAGCUAGUUAAACGAAUAGGACACAUCAUACGAAUGACGGUGUGCUAUGUCAGUGAUCACUGGGCCCAGUAUAUGAGUGUAACUGGUGCUGCUGGAUCCAGCUCUCAAGCAUACUCUUUGUCUUUGGACAAACUGCAACUGGAAUAUGACAAUCUCUUCCUGAGAGCUGUGUUACAUGUACUCAGAAACAAACGGUUGGGAAUUUGGUUGUUUAUGUCAGAGAUGCCAUAUGGGACUCUGUCCAGCUCUAUGCUGUGGAGGGUCCUUUAUGUUAUGCAGUGCGCAGAGACGGCAGAACCGGAAACAUUCGGCACUGCUACUGACACGCGCUCCUGCAUUCAGGCUCUUGGAGACCCAGAACACCAAGAGAGGUUUGAGCACUGGCUUUGUGAAGUGAACAGCUCUGAUGGCAUCUCCCUCCUCACCGCACUAGCACACAUGGCCACACCGACUCAGCACUCUGACCCUGCAUUCAUCACAACCAUAACUCUGCUGAUGUACCAGGUGUCUUAUGUUAGUGUGACUACCAGAGAAACUUACUCUAAGGUGGGGAGAGAGUUGCUGGCUGCCAUAGCAACAGCCCAUCCCUACGUUAUAUCUGUGCUCCUGGAGAGACUGAGGGAGACCAUACAAACUGUGGGAAUGGUGGCUCUGUACUUGUGCAAAGAGCUGCCUUUGAGUCUGUGGCGGCCACGGCCAGAAGAAAUAUGUGUGAUCGGAGCCUGGCUGCUCCAACAUCCUCUGUCUGCUGUGGAGAACCGGCUGGCUUGCGUCAUACUGGAGGGUCUUAACUGGGGUUACACACAGGAUGGCUCCUUGGCCUUGUCGUCAUCUCUCCACAGUGAAGUGGCUCUGCUGGUGGCUGAAGCCUAUCAAAAGUACCUCACUGACAAACCGUACAGUGGCCUCAUAUCAGAGGGAAUCAAACAGGUGUCUUACCUGGCCAGUGUCCUUCGUUUGGGCGUUUCUCCUGAAGCAUCCUUUAGUCAUUGGGCUUGGCAAUUGUUGCUAAGGCUGAAACUCCAUGGCAAUGCACAGAACCCUAAAGGAGCCUGGUCGGUCCCCGCUUUGGCGUCCAACCCACCUCCAGAGCUUACACACUCUCCCAGCAUGCACUCUGUUAUCAGGGCUGUAAAAGCAGGCAUCCCUAUUGGAUGCUACCUAUCCAUUGCCAUGACGACAGUGGGCCAUAGUCUUGAACACUUUUGCACUGAUGGAGUCGAGUUGUUGAAGAGUCUGAUACAAUCUCGCCAUCUGAGAGCUGCGGUGCAUCUUCUGGACAACAUCCUACCCCCAACCUACCCUCUCAGCUUCUACCUGCUCAAUAACUCUCAGUUUGUAAGUUGUAUCCAGUUGUUCUUGCAGUACGACAGCGUGUGUCCUCAAGGUGUGACACAGCAGGUCACUCACCGGGUCGCACCACUGCUCACAGGAACCAAUUAUGGAGACAUUGUCCGACAUCUGAACAGUGUCAUUCAGAGCCACGUGGUGGAGAGCUCACAGCCCGGUCGUGUCGGUGCUGCAGCGGUGUUGGAGUUCUGGGUGAGGAUCUUGACUCAGCAGAACCUGUGGUAUCGGGACAAAACUGUCCUGUUCCUCAUGGAUCAGCUCUGCUGUGCGGCAUUCAAACGCAUUCAGGAGGAAUGUGUGCAGAAACAUCUGUACCAAGAGCAUAAGAAUGCCUUGGGUUACCAUGGAGAACAAGGUCUGCUCUCCUCUCUGGUUAGCUGGAUUGCUGGAAAUGCCACACCCUCAUUCAUAGAGGGCCAAUCCCUGAGUGCGGAGGUUUGGUUUGCCUGGCAAGUGCUGAAUAUGGAGGGCAUGUUUGAGGAGGAUUCCCAGCUGAGACGCUGUAUUGAACAUGAGCUCCUGUCAGAGCCCAACAUUUCCCCAGAACAAGCCUUAAAGAAUGCCCAGCAGAGGCUGAAGUUGCCAGUAGCACCAUCUCUGCAGCGACUGCAGGUGUACCGAUGGGCGUGUCAGGCCUUAGCCACGCCUUUAGACCACCCCCUCCUUCCCCUGGUGUGGCAGAAGUUCCUACAGCUGUACUUCAGACAACCAGGACCUGAGUAUGGGCUGGUUGCAGGUGGAUGUAUCGGCAGAAGGUUCUUCCAGGCCUCUUCCCAGGCUGCUUUACUCAGAGACCUGAGACAGAGAAUACAGGAGGUGUCUGACUUCCACCAUGCUGCCAGCCAGGCCCUCAGGGUGCCCCCAGCACACACCCCUUCAUCAGACAGCCAGAGUGACGAAAGCCCCGAAAAUCCCCGGCCCCCUUACCUCACCUCUCCUCAGCUACACACAGAGCUGGUCAGGUUGUUUGGUGUAUUUGCCAUAUGGUUGGAUGAUGAGACUCUGCAGAAGCAGGAAGUGUACCUUCCUUCUCUUCCUCCCAAGUAUGAACCACACAGACUGGCACAGAUCAUGCAGCGGCAGCAGGAACUGUGGCUGGAGUAUGUGGACCAGGAGCGUCUGCAGUAUGAGGAGAGAGAGGUUCUCUCUCUGUGGGAAAAGGUGCAGAGUGAGCCGAUCUUCUUGCAAGUCCAACACCCCGGCUUCACUGACUACACCAGCCUCAACAAUGCAAGGGAUCGUAUCCUAUCCAACCUGCAGAAGCACCCAGUCCCCCAUCCAGCUCCAGAGCUGCGGCAGCGUAAGGCACCAGUAGCUGAAGUCCCCACCACCUGCCUUACGGACUCUAAAGCUGCUGCUGAACUGCUGCAGAAGGACCUUAGCAUCCUGCAGGAGCAGGCCAGGAUUGCAGUUGCACGUGAAGCCCAGCAGGUGGCGAUGGAGCAGGAGCUGCUGGAGAGCCUUCCUCUACUGUACAAGAACCAACCAGAGCAAGUCACCAUGGCCCUGGAGUGUAAAGGGAAGGGUGGGCAGCCGUGCCAGGGACCCGCAAACAUCACUGUCACUUGCGAGUGUGUCCAGAGGAAGGAGGCAGUGCAGACUCAGAUAACGUCACUGCGUCGGGACGUCAAGAAGCUUCAAGCCGACGCCAUGGCUCCUCCACCUCAAAGCCUGGCCCAGGCUGCUGUCCACACAGAGAACUUUAUUACGGCUCUGGUGAAUAUGUACAAGGCACAGAAAUCAUCAGCCGUGAAGCAUGUCGGGGUGUCUGCCUUCUACCGGGUGGUCUCCUUUGUGUGUGAAGACACACUGCGGCAUCCCCCAACACGGCAGUACCUGUCCUCGUGUGUGGAGAUACUGGGACAGGUGUUUAUCCAGGGAAAUGCAGAGGAAUGUGGUUGUGUCCUGAAGACAAUCCUGGAGCAGAGGCAUCUUUGCUCACUCAUUUCCCCCUUCUUCACUCCCAAUUCAGCACCCAGUCAGCUCGUCUUUCUCUACCAAGAUGUAGUGACAUCCUUACACCUGGACAGUGCUGAUGUCAUUUUCAUGCUGCUCACAAAGUUUGAUUUGUCUCAGUGGCUGAAUGAAGCCCAUCCUGUGUUUUCGGAGAGAACCCGUUUGCUGGAGUUGGUCCAUGGAGCUCUCUGCGUCUGUGGCCGAGACCCUGAGCCAGAACUUCUCACACCUUUUCACCUUUUCACCAAACACUGGACCUGGAUUUUACGCCACCGUUUUCCCGAUCACUACAGUGACUGCUUGCGUCUGCUUAUGACCAGCUCCUCAAACCAGUUACUGAAUCCUGAUUGCUGGAAGGUGACUCUGCGAGUGCUGGGCUGCUUACCUCCAUCCCACAAUACUAAAAGCAAAACUGAACUAGCACUCAACACCACUGUCUCUGGCCGUGCUGUCACAUCUCCAGCUUCUUCCUACAGGCCCUCCAUCAGCCUCUCCCUUCAGCAGGUGGAUGAGACAGUUAUUUGGCUGAGUGAUUACUUCCUGCGGAGCCGUCUCAGUAAGCCAAACCUCCGUAGCUUUGGCCUCUACUCAACCUGGACUCCCUACAUCAGUGAGGUGGUUUCCUUCUGGGAACAUUUGGCUGGUUGUCUAAUCAACGUGCAGCUCAGCGGCUGUGCCAGAGAGUCAGUGGGCAGCGGCAAAAUAAUGAAAGCUCUGCAGGACCUGCACAGUAAGAUUGUCAAGUUAUUUAAGCCUUGGAUCUUUCCUCUGGACACUGAUGAUGGCGGUCUCAAGUGUUACCCCUGGCUGGAGACGGACGCAAGUGCAGCAGGAUGUCUGGUUGGCCUGUAUGUUCAACUCACUGACAUGCUGUAUCACAAGUUCAGAGAUUGUCUGCUCCCCGGCCAGAGAGGUGCACUGUGGCUGUGUAUGAUGCACUACUGUGAGAACUGCACCUCUCCCCAUACACCCGAGCACCUUCUCUACCUGUACCACACACACCUCCGCAGCCUGCCUUGGAGACACCUGCACCCUGACACUCAGCUGAUGGAGCAACUAUUCAAUGUGGAGAGAGGAAGUCCCAAGAGUUGCUUCCUCUUUCUGGGUGAAGUGUUAUGCAAAGUCAACUGGGUCAGUGUCCUAAGUGACCAAUUGCAAACACCUCCCACCAUGACAACAUAUCCAACUCUACAAGACACGGGUACUCAGAAGGAGUCACACACCAUGUUAGUCUAUCUCCUAUACAUGCUAGUUUUUCUGGCAAAGGAGGAACAAAUCCUGAGUCAGCAGGACUCCCCUCUACUCAGUCUAUUGGUCCAAUCCACCUCCCUACCCUGGCACCAACUGGACCUGUCCUCAUACCAGGGCAUUCUGGGAUAUGUCGGCACCCACUACCCGCCCUCCUUGCUGCUCAGUGCUGAUUCUGCGCUUCAGCUGCUGUUGAAAUCUCUGCGUAGUGCUGCUGGGCUCCGGCCCCUCCCUCAAGAAGUUCCACACAGGGAGGAGACACUGAAGGCGGGAGCGUAUGUGUGCUGGUGCGUGCAGUCUUUGGUGACCCUGGAGCAGGGAGGCAGCAUCAGCCUCAGCAGCCUGGAGGCUCAGCUGGAGUCUCUUCUGGAGAGCGUCGUCACAUUCAACCCACCAGAGACGGGUUUGGAGCAGAGGCACAUGGCGUUCUGCAGUCUGUUCAGCGAAGCUCUGGCUCUUCUGAAUGGGGUUGGUGUCUCAACAGGCGAGGCUCUUGCUGCUCAUGUCAUUAUCUGGCUGGACAGGAAGGGGAGGGGCUUCCCUAUUCUGCCUCUCCUCACAGCUUGCUCCCGCUGUCUUGCAUCAGUGCGGCACAUGACGAGGAUCAUGGAGGCAUGCAUUACAGCGUACUUCAACCACGCGGAGGAGGAGUCUGUAGGUUGGGGUCCUGUGUUGGCAUCGCUGCAGGUGCCUGAGCUCACAGUGGAUGACUUCCUUUCUGAGAGCCAAUCAGGGGGCAGCUUCCUGACGCUCUACGCCUUCAUCCUGCAGCGUCUCAACUCUGAAUACACAGCAGCCAAUGAGAGGAGGACUCUGGCUUUAAUUAACACAUGGACCAAUCAAGUGUUCCCCAGUGGUCCAGGUGAUGAAGCCAAGCUGUUUCUGUGGUGGCACAAAGCGUUGAGUCUGUCAGCGGAGCAUCUGAAGCCGCAGGCGGGACAGACUGAAGUGUCAGGAGUCGUCAUGGGUCUGUUGAGGUUGCAAACCAGGCUGCUUCAGCUGGGAGAAGAAAGACUUAACUCUGGAUUGUUGGGAGCAAUCGGCCUGGGGAAGAGGUCUCCUGUUUCUAAUAGGUUCAGGGUGGUUGUACGCAGUCUGGGAGCAUUCAUGUCAAUCCAGAUGCCAUCAGAGAACGAGCUUCGACUCCAACCCACCAGCGACUUGCAGCUCUCUGCGAAAGCACAGCAAAUGUUGGGGGUGUUGGAGGCCAUGUCCAGCAAUAAGCAGUACUCCGAGUUGGAGGAAUCUGUGAAUAAAUCUGUCCAGUUCAUCCGCUACCCAGGACACUGUCUCAGAGAUGGACCGCGACUGCUGGCCCUGCUAGCCAACCUCCUAUACCCUGACCUCAGAUACCUACACAUUAUCCGUUAACCGUGACUUAACCUGACACUGCUGGAGAUCCAAGUUGACGUUUGUCUUGUCUGCAGCAAAUACAGUGACAGUUGACCUCUGUUCUGUAGAGAGAACAUCUUUCUGGAGCACAACGUUUUCAAGUAGUAACAUUGAAUUGCGAGAGCGACAUGUCUCAUCAGCGAGGUCUUUGUGUGACGGACGCUGGCAGUUCAUCAGAGCUUGAUGUGCAUUUUGUAAAAGAAUACUUUGUGACUGGUAAUCUUUAAUGAAGGGUCAGAAAACCAGUCGGCCAUAAGAAAUGUUAUGUGCUAACCUCUAAACUUUACUCGCACUUUGCUUUCUUCUCUCGUGUGUAUGCCUUGUUGCUCUUUAUAUAACUUGCCUGUUGGUCUUCAAUCCUUCUGUUCUCUUCUUGAUUUGAGAGAAAGUUGCACAUAUUUAUUGAAGCAGAAUUCAAUACUGGGCUGUUGAUGCUAGCAUCUAGCUACAAUCUCUCAUUCGUAGAUGCUGUACACGUACAGAUGAAUACAGGGGCUGUUUUGUAUGAAGUGAUCAUCUUUAGGAACAGACAUUCGUAUUAGUAUUGUGUUUAUGUUCAGCUUAAAGUGCUUUCCUUGUUUUUGCCAAAGAGAUGUUAUUUUAAUUUGCUCGCUUAAACCGUGUUGACCAUGUA